UCUUCCACCCAUUAUUUUUUCAUGGCUGCUUCGAAUGAGUUUGAUGUUGCCGGCGAGAAGGGUUGGGUUAUCCCUUCUGCGAAAGAUGAUCAGUUCUACAAUGAAUGGGCUUCCAAGAAUAGGUUUAAAGUUAAUGACACCCUAAAGUUUGAGUACCAGAAGGAUUCAGUUAUGGUGGUGAGCCAAGAGGAGUAUGAGAAGUGCCGGUCGGCUCAUCCCAUGUUCUUCUCCAACGCCGGCAAAACGGUGGUCAAGCUGGAGCGGGCGGGCCUCUACUAUUUCAUCAGCGGGGUUUCCGGCCACUGUGAGAGAGGGCUGAAGAUGAUCGUCAAGGUUUUGGAGUUAGAAACCCCACCUCCGUCAGAUGAUCACACGCCCGGAAAUUCCCCUCCGGCCAUCGGCGCUGCAACUCCGGCUCGGAUGCCUUUCUUAUUCGUGUCACUCCUUGGGACCAUCAUCUUCAUGUAAUUCUUUCUGCUUACGUUGGUGUA